CGUACGGUACUUUUCAACCAUUUUUUGUGUGGUUGAAAAGAUGGUGAAAGUGAGAGGCUGUAAUAUAGCUGCGGAGUGGUUUGUGAGCACAUUGUAAAGAUAACCGUCGUGUCUUUUCAAGAGUCGUUACAGGGUUUGAUAUGAAUUACUCACUACCUUUUUUAGACUCAUUUUUAGAUUUAACUCGUGUUUAAAAAUUAAGGCAGUUUUCGCUUGAUACGUAUAAAAUACAAUUUUUAAAAAAGUACAAAAAUAAAGACCAGUGCGUAGCCCUUGAACACAGUGCCAUCACAUGACAGGAUGAACAACCAAUAUGCUUCUACUAUGCCCUAAAUGGGCGUGGCUUUUGCCUCAUGACUAUCCGACACACGCUCUGGAUGGGCACGGACUGCACAAAGGGUAGCAGUGUAGUUUCCGCAUCUCGGUACCCCAUUGUCGACAGUUGGAUUUAAACGUCGCAGAAAUUGGAAAGUGACCCAUAGUAUCGUUGAUAAAUAUAAAGAUAUAUUUUAAAUCCUGCGGUGAACAAUGCCCGGUAAAGCAGCGGUGGCUGUCGCGCUUCAGCCCGACACAACCGUCGACGCAGCGGCUAAGCAGAAGUCUUUCCCGUUUGUUAUAAAGAAGAUUAUGGACAUCCCACCUCCCAACAUUCUGGAGGAAGGCGACGACGAGCUCGAGAAGGAGAAGCUGGGCUCAGCUGAUGAUGUGGUGGGGGGCGGGGUUGCUGCAGCCAGCGCUGGUGGGGCUUCUCGAGGAGGCAGUGGGGGCAGCGCUGGAGGGGUGUCAGCCUCCUUGACCCCAGCCAUUUGGGAGAAGACCAUUCCCUAUGAUGGGGAGACCUUCCAUCUGGAGUACAUGGACCUGGAUGAGUUCCUGUUGGAGAACGGGAUCCCGGCGAGCCUCGAGGAUGAGGAGCUGCAAAAGACGCUGACUCCGGCUGGAGGGAAAGGCAAGAGCACCCUGAAGGUUACGGCCGCAGCCAGCGCGACGACAAUCUCGGCGCCCACGUCUCCCCCACCUGCUCCCGACACUUCUACGGUCACCUCAGAGCCAGAGGAAGCGGUGAUUGUCACCACUCUCCUGCCCGCCAAAUUGGAAGAUGAUGACGAAGAAGAUGAGGAUCAAGAAGAGGAAUCUUUGCCCCAUGAGGGAAAAGCAGCGGAAGCUGUGGAAGUCAACAAGCAGAAUCCUGUGACUGGAGAGCGUAACACGCCAUCUCCCAUCAACCCAGAUGAGAUUGAGGUGGACGUUAACUUUCAGCCAGAUCCGACCGACCUGGUCCUGUCCAGUGUGCCGGGCGGAGAGCUGUUCAACCCACGCAAACACAAGUUCUCUGAAGAGGAGCUCAAGCCGCAGCCCAUGAUCAAGAAAGCCAAGAAAGUGUUUGUUCCCAACGAACAGAAGGAUGACAAAUAUUGGUCCAGGAGGAAGAAGAACAACCUGGCCGCCAAACGUUCCCGUGAUGCCCGGCGUCUCAAAGAGAAUCAGAUCACGGUGCGUGCCUCCUUCCUGGAGCGGGAGAACGCAGCCCUGCGACAGCAAGUGGCAGAGAUGCGGAAAGACUGCGGCCGCUGCAAGAACAUGGUGGCCCGCUAUGAGGCCAAGUACGGUCCGCUGUAAAGACCUGGUAAAAAUUCAAAUUAUCAAUCCGACAAAAGCAGAACUUCCUUCCUCGCAGAAUUCAACACAGACACAAACACAUAAGGGAAAUCUAAAUUUGCACUCCUGCUGACCUCCGGUCACUGUGUCGAGCUCCGGUCGCGGGUCCGAACCUGGAACUGGAGUGUCGGAUACACACUUGGGGGCGAGGCUAGGAGCGGUGGUCACGGGAAGGUCUGUGGAGAGCGCCUGGCUCCUUCACUGAGAGGAAAGCGACGAGACUCCCACGGAGAGAGACACA